AUGGAGAAGAGCUUAGUGUCUGUGUUUCUUUUGAUCAUUGCUGUUGCACACACCUUGGCUAAAGACGCUACAACAAAAGACGGGAAAAGAGACACAAAAGAAGCCAAAGACAGCAAAAUAAAACUGCCCCAGACUCUCUCAAGAGGCUGGGGCGAUUAUCUUAUCUGGACUCAGACUUAUGAAGAAGCUCUCUACAAAUCCAAGGCAAACAACAAACCUAUAAUGAUCAUCCACCACUUGGAAGAUUGUCCUCACAGCCAAGCACUGAAGAAAGUGUUUUCUGAACACAAAGAAAUACAAAAGUUGGCCGAGAAAUUUGUUCUCCUCAAUCUUGUCUACGAAACCACAGACAAACAUCUCUCCCCUGAUGGCCAGUAUGUUCCCAGAGUCCUGUUUGUAGAUCCUUCACUGACAGUUAGAGCAGAUAUUACUGGAAGAUAUUCCAAUCGCCUCUAUGCUUAUGAACCUUCAGAUAUUCCACUGUUGUACUCAAACAUGCAGAAAGCACUGAAGCUGCUGAAGACUGAAUUGUGA